AGACCCUUGCAAUAUAUGUCACUUUUUGUCAUUUACACUUAUAAAUUUGAAACUUAAAAUUUAUCUUAAUGAAAAGCACCCUGAAAUGGAAACGCGCAUCUACCAUCUACCCAACCGACCACAUAAUUUCAUCCAAAGCUCGCGAAGUUGGAACUUGGGGAUUUAAACCACAAUAUGAAAAUGUCAAACAAGUCAAUUUCCGCUUCUUAAUGUCCAACGAAUAUAUGCGAUUAUGGUUCAAAGAACGCGAUCUAUACCAGAAAGAAAACUAUUCCAAGCAAGAAAAAGCUCAAAACGAGUCUAGUCUAAAACGUGGUUUUGUACAAAGAAUGAUGACAAAUCCCAAGCUUGAAUCAAGGGAACUCCCCAUAAUCCAACUCAAGCGUUUUCAAAACAUUAUGUCUAAAGUUGAUACUAGGAGAAGUUCAGAUGAGAAGGCAAAAAUUUGUGAACGUUACAAGAAAACUGUAGAACCUGUGGAACUUUCACGGUACAAACCAAAUUGCUCAGUUAAACCAAAAACUACAAAUGCGACAAUCAAGAAUACAAGUACGACAAACAAGAAUACAAAUCGUCAAAAAACAAAAGAAAAAAAGAAGGUACAAGAUACUCGUAAGGAAGAAUUAGCGGAUAAUGAACCAGGAAAGUGUGGAUUUGUAUGUAAAUUAAUAAACUAAUAAAGUAUUAUACAUAUAUUAAA